CCAAGCCUUGCUUUCCUUGCUGCUGCUGCUGCUGCGGAAGAGGGGCAGGGCAUAUUGCAGAAAGGCGGGUUGGAGGAGGAGGAGGAGGAGGAGGAGGAGGAAAGGUGAGGAGGAGAGAGCGCAGAGGCAGAGGCAGAGGCGGUGUGUCCGUGGGUCCCCUGGCGGGCAGCCGGUGCCGCCUCCUCCUCCGUCCUCCUGGUCCUCCUGGGCCGCCUCCGCCAUGCUUCCCGGGGUGGGUGUGUUCGGGACGGGCCUGACCGCGCGCGUGAUCGUGCCCUUGCUGAAGGAGGAGGGCUUCUCGGUGAAGGCGCUGUGGGGCCGGACCCCCGAGGAGGCGGAGGAGCUGGCCAGGGAGAUGAGCGUCCCCUUCCACACCAGCCGCAUCGACGAGGUCCUGCUCCACCACGACGUCGACCUGGUCUGCAUCAACCUCCCGCCGCCGCUCACACGACAGGUCGCCGUCAAGACCCUCGGGAUUGGGAAGAAUGUCAUCUGUGACAGAACCGCCACUCCAUUGGAUGCCUUUAGGAUGAUGACUGCUGCCCAUUAUUAUCCCAAACUCAUGAGCAUUAUGGGUAAUGUUCUCCGUUUUCUUCCUGCCUUUGUGAAGAUGAAGCAACUGAUCCAAGAGGGCUACGUAGGGGAGCUGCUUGUCUGUGAGGUACAGGUCCACAGUGGGAGCCUGCUGGGGAAGAAGUAUAACUGGAGCUGCGAUGACCUGAUGGGUGGUGGAGGUUUGCAUUCUGUUGGUACCUAUAUCAUUGAUCUUUUGACCUUCCUCACUGGCCAAAAGGCUGUGAAAGUACAUGGACUGCUAAAGACCUUUGUGAAACAGACGGACCACAUCAAGGGAAUACGCCAAAUUACGAGUGAUGACUUUUGUACGUUUCAGAUGGUCUUGGAAGGAGGGGUAUGUUGCACUGUUACCCUCAAUUUCAAUGUACCUGGGGAAUUUAAACAGGAUAUUGUUGUGGUAGGUUCCAAUGGGCGGCUGAUUGUGGUAGGCACCGAUUUAUAUGGGCAGAACAAUAAUUCGCAACAAAGGGAGCUUCUCCUGAAAGAUUCCACGCCAGUCAGCAAUGCCUUGUUACCAGAGAAGGCCUUCAGUGAUAUCCCAUCCCCUUACCUCCGGGGAACGAUAAAGAUGGUACAGGCUGUCAGGGAAGCAUUUGAAGAUCAGGAUGACCGGCGAACCUGGGAUGGACAGCCACUCACAAUGGCUGCCACAUUUGAUGACUGUCUCUAUGCGUUGUGUGUGGUGGACACUAUUAAAAAAUCAAACCAACUGGGUGAAUGGCAGAACAUUGUAAUUAUGACUGAAGAACCAGAACUAAGCCCUGCCUACUUGAUCAGUGAAGCAAUGCGCAGGAGCAGAAUGUCUCUGUAUUGUUAGCUUUUUAUUGUUAAUAAUAUUAUUUUCUUAUUUUGUUACAUCUCGGGAAAUAGGAGUAAAGCAUUGCAGUUCUUUCCUAACAGAAAACAUGUCUUGCUUUGUCAGACAUGUUUUGGACAAGGAAGAAGGAGGAAAUAUGGGGAGGAAAUCCUUGCUGUUUAAAUCCCUGCAUUGCUUAGUUGGUGCUGAAAUAUUAAAUGCAUUUGAAAUGCUUGUGAAAAAUAGCUCCCGAUAAAAAGGAAACUUGUACUAACUGUUGUUUACAAAAAUGGCAUUAUAGGAAAGUAAAACAUAAUAUACUUGCAAUCUGCAAGUCCACACUGAUUCAUUUGUGUAUAAGGUAAGAUCAACAUAUAUUUAAGAAGAUCCGGAUGGACACUAACACCAGGCUGCAAAGAUGCUGACAUGUCAGAAAUAACUUUGCAGCAAAUAAAAUGGUGGGUGGCUUUUGACAUGAACACUUGCUAGCAGCCUUGCUGGUAAGAGCAUGCUAACUGGUUCCUGUUGAGAUAUCCACUGUGUCUGCAUUAGUUCAUUACCAGAACAGAAUACUUGGCAUGAAUAUGUUUUAUGCCCUGGAAAGAUUUGGCAAUUUGAUUUUCAUGGUUAAUAGAUACAGUUUGUUUUGUCUCUGGAUGUCACUCCAUGGCCCAGAUCAGAACAUAAUAUGAUUUUAAAAAUAUUAGGCAGAGCUUGAAAAGAUUAUUUUUUGAAAUAUAGAGAAAUGGAAAAUACAAGUAUCUGCUAAAAUCCUGCUGCACUCCUGUUCAACAACACGCUAGUCAACAGCGUGCAGUGGUUUUUUAAAAAAAAAUUGAAAUAAAAGUAAAGGAACGAUAGUUUUACUCCAUGGCUACGCUAGUGCAGAGGUACCUGUAUGGUAUCCGCUUUAACUUUGGCUAAUCUAGUUAAAUCUUAGGGAAUUUAAAAAGAUUUCAGAGUAUUAUGCAAAACCUGAAGAUUUAAAGGCCCAUGCAAUGUAACUACAGCUUGAGGAUUUCCCUUGUGGCAAUAUCUCCCUCACAGCAUUCUACCUGCAUAGGCACAAACCAUUCCUAUGCAUAGAUAAUUGCACUUUUACAUUUGUGUAGCUCUUAUCUCUUCCUAUUAUACAACAAUUGGCAAAGUUUACAUCAGAGAGAAACGUUUCUUUCAACAAAACAUUUACUUAAUUUAGGAAUGCUUUGGUUGCCAGCAGAGCUUUUAUUGACUAUAUACUUUUGAAUUAUAGCUCCCAGUGUAGUGACUGGGAGAGUCUGGCAGCUAUAGUUUCAAAAAGAACUAUUCCAAGCUUUGACUAGUAAUACCUAUGUAAUACAGGAGAGCUACACAUGUUUUCUACACAUGUCGCUCAGUGGUCAUGACAUCCCAGUGGAAUGGUUGUGUUCUUGUUCAUUUUUAUGAUCCAAGUCCUCUUGAAUAAAAAAUGGUUUGGUUCUUUCAAUAAGAAAUGUAUGCAUUUAUGUAGAAUCCACUGCUGUUUUCAGAUUAUGCAAUACAUUAUUUUAUGGAGGUAUAGACAUAUGCUGCUGUUCAACCUUUUUAAGAAAAAAACCACUGGUGGCCAGCAAGUUAGUAUUGGAUAGAUGCAAAAUGAAAAACACAAUAAUUCAUAAAUAAUCAAUAAAAGCCACCGAAAUUGUGGCAGAAAAAUUCAUUAAUACCCACUAGUUAAAAUGAUCCAGAUGAUAUGUUGGAAUCCCUGGGCAUAUUAUAGCCUAUACAACUCCAAAGAUUUGUUUUCCAAGAUGUGAGUCACAUCACUGACAUGGACACUUGCACUGAAAAAAAAAUCUAACUGGAGACUCCAGUGGGGUCUGUUUACUGUUACUUUUAGUAUGUACCUGAAUGUAAAGUUUGUAGCCCACUUUGUGUUUUCUUCACCUGUUAAACAUAUUAUCUCCCUAUUUCUUUCCAUCCUUGAUAGAACUCCUUUGUAGUAAUGAUUAGACAUCACUAGAGCAACCAUACAGGCUCUGUUAUCUUGUUUUGCUGUCUCUUACUCACAGAUCCUGUUCCCCUUCUAAACAAGUAGGAUGAGUGAACACAGGACUAGGAAAAAUCCGGUAAAGUAGUGGAAAUCCUGCAAAAAUUAUUAUUCUUUCACUCUGAUCCAUAUAUUCUUGUGGUCAGUGUGAUGUAUCUUACCAAGGCCACCCUUAUCAUUAGGCAGAUGGAGGCAGCUGUCUUACUAAGCAGAUGCUGUGGAAUGCAAAGCAGUGACUAGGUGGAGAGUAGAACUAUGUGCUCCAGGUAAUCUGCCUCGUAUCCCAUCAGGAAGGAUGCUUUCCAGUCACCAAUACUGAAAUAAAAUUCAGCUCCCAGUCCAGGUGGCUUCUGCACAUGGAGGAAGGAGCCAGGGGGAGGGAACAACACACCAUAUUUUACUUGACCCCAGGCAGUGUACUAUCUUGAUCUGCAAUUGAUCUUCAUGUUCACUUGCUAGAAAGAUGGAGGGUACUAGGUGUGAAAAAGGAGAAAUAAAUUGGAGGUGGGAGCAAAUUCAAGAACUGAAACAAUGCUGUAGAGCUUGAAUUCAUUCUGAAUGUUAUGACUACAGAUAAUCAAAGGUUUCCCUUUUUGUGUUGCCAUGGUGCUAGCCACCACCUCUUAAAAUGCACUUGAUAAAUGGAUAAAAUGUUUACUGUAUUAAUUUAUAGAUCUUUUCAAUUAAAAAAAAAACACCAGUCAAGACUGCUGGGAUCAUUCUAUCAUUUUAGUCCAUCAUGGACAGAUCUAGCCAGGUCAGCUAUCUCUUUCUUUUUCUCCCACUCUGUUACGCUUAUCAGCAAGGGUGGUACUGUAAAAUUAUGGUGCCUAGUUCUACAUAAUGGGACCUCUACAUUUGCUGGGAUUAGGACCCCCAUGAAAAUGGAAAAACCACAAAUGAAAAAGCACUUUUUUUUACUUGACAUCUCAAGGAAUCUUCAUUGCAAUGCUAUGGUCAACAUCUGUUAGAUGUAUGCUGUAGGACACAAAAAUGCCUAAGUGUGUCCCUAGGUCCUCCAUGUAACUGUGUGUCACAACUCUUCUGGCAGAAUUGUGCUGGAGGACCUAGAGAUUCCUAGAGAGAACAUAUUAGUCAAAUCUGCAAAUAAACAGAUUCACAAAGUCAAGGCUGCAAAUGGGGAGGGCUCAUUGUAAAUCCUUUUAGCUAUAGAAUUAGCAUAUCCAUGAUUGGCUGAAGCUCUCCAUUUUAUCUGGUUCUUGGAUGCCUUGUCUUUCUUUUCUUUCAAUCUUCAACAAUCCAAGUGUACAUUUAUUGCUGUAUUUAAAAUAUAUAUUUAUUGUGUUUUUCAAGCAUAUAUAUAUAUAUAUAGAGAGA